AUGGAAUAUACACCAAGCUUAGCAAUACCAAUCUGCAGCUCGACUCUCGGCGACCUACUGAUUGCCAAAUUUUCGAAGAUCAGGCUGCGCAAGUCGAGAAAACAAAGUAGAUGCCUCCUGGUGCCUCACAUCGUGUCUGACAUAAAUAGAUCCAUUGUACGUGAUCGACCCUGCAUUCUCAACGUGCGCCUGCCAAAAUCGGUAUCAACGCAAAUUCUCGUGGCCUCUCACGAUGUUGAAAUGUUGCUACAGUCGCUCGCGUGGUGA